AUGGCGUCGCUUCAUUUCCGCCAUGCCAGCGUGAACACGGCCUUUGAGCCGCAUCUUCACACUCAGGAAUCGAGCACCCCCCGAGCAAGGACCCCGUCGGGCCACGAUCGUGGCCGCAGCCUGGGCUCGGCGGAAAAGGCAGACGAAGUGGUGCGGCCGCUGUUGCAGGAUGCCGCCAAAGACAUCUACAUCACCCUGCCCUCCUCCAAGCGGCACAAUGGUGUUCUGCUGACGCUACUAUGGAUCAUGUCCUUGCUCUUGGUCUCAUUGUUCACUUACCUCGCCUCCAAUCGUCCGCCGUCCGUCAAUCCUAAUGGCACCUUUCUCACGGGAUACACGACAGAUUUGCGCGAGGCCCGCUCGGCGAUCCGCGUGCACAAACAGCACUUCUACGGCAGCCUGGAUUUCAGGAGCCACCGUGGCUUCGUACCGGAGGGCUCUCCAAGCCUCAAGUACAUGGGCGAGGGUGACGAAGUAGAUGCAGCCUGGGAUGAGCUGACCAAAGACCGCUACUUCCUCUUGUCCGAGGCCGAGGCGCGCGAGGCGUUCGGCAACCCACCCAACAAAUACUGGAACGUGCACCACGGCGGCUACGUCGCGGGCCUCGACGCGCUGCACACUCUGCAUUGCUUGAAUCAUCUGCGCAUGAGCCUCUACCCCGACCAUUACCCGCAGGACCCGAAGGACGGACGGAUGCACAACGCACAUUGCGUCGACCAUCUGAGGCAGCUGGUCAUGUGCAAUGCCGAUCUGACCCCCGUGCCUACUCAGUGGUUCAACGGACUGGAGAGGAAUUACAUCAACUCCUCGCGCGAGCACACCUGUCGCGACUUUGGCCGGGUGAGGGAAUGGGCGACUGAACGGUUCAAUGGGACGACGGCGGUAAAGGCAAGGAAUCGGGAUGGGUCUUUGAGGGCCAACUUCUACGAGCCCUGGACCCCGUAA